AUGGCAAGGACUUCUUGGGCUUGGAACACUCCCUUCAACAUUGCGAGCAUCGUCGUUUGCAGCAUCGUCGGCAUUGCCUUCGUCGUCGGCCUGAUCAUCAAUGCUAGCGCCAGAAUCAGUGUCCUGCUGGGCCAGAACAGGUCUCGUCGGCAACACGUAUCAGGCGCCUCCCUUUUGCUCGUCGGAUAUCUCGUCCUGAUCGGCCCCAUUCUCGCCUACUACGUUGUAGUUGCAUGCCUCUUCCUAGCCUUGUUGGUCCCAGGUCUCAUCUUCUACCUGGCCUCCAAAAAGUGUAUAGAACCGCACUGGGGCCCGUUUUUUUCGACUUUGCACACGUCUGCAUCCGAUAUCUUGCGCAUAGUCAACGAGCCCGCAGGAGCCAUCAUCAAAUACUGGGAACGUUGCACAAUUCGGCUGGUCAACGGAGAAAUCCCGCCUUCCAAAUCAUCUAUCGAUGGCGUGCCACUUUCGGACAUGCCGAGAGCCGAGUCUGGGACAAUGCCUCUGAGCCGUAAAGAAGUAGAGAGUUUCGUCGCUUUUGGCGUUGUCUUAGGCAGCAUCGCCGUUCUUGCGGCCUUCCUCGUUGCCUCCCGUCGUCUGAAGAGAAACUACGAAAACGCAAAUUUGGUCACUCUUCAAUUUUUAACAGCCCUCUUUCUGCUCGUAAUCGGGUACUUAAUCUUGCUGUGGCCCACUAUCAUCUACUACGUCGCGGCAGUCUGCUUCUUCAUAGUCUUCAUCGUGUCAAGCCUCGUCAUCAAGACAGACAGAGAAGAUAAUUCCCGUCGCCAACUACUCUCAGCGGCUGGACGACCUCCUGCUGUUGUCUGGGACUACUACACGUACUACGUCAUUUACGCGGUUGGAGGAGGGUGGCAUGGACCUCAAAAGGAGCCCUCUGAGAGGGGAUCCGUGAACGCUGCGGAUUUGUCGACUCUACCCAGCACAGGUGUACCAGAUAGACCUGUACGUGGCGUUUGA